AUGGACGCUGCUGAGCUCGCGAGAUGGACGCGUUUUGCUGCCAAGGGCGGCAUUGGGAAAUGCACAGCGGUGCAGGACUGCGUUGCGCAGAGCUCCGAGGAUCUUAUGUUUCUGAAGGACGACGAGAUCACGGUGCUCAUGCAAUUGCCAGAGCAAGAUAAUUUAUACCUGGGCUAUUGCGAGGGCGUUGUUGGUAGAUUCCGAGGGGAGUUCGUCCACUUCCACUCCAAGCUCAAGCGACCCGUCAUGACCAAGCGGUCGUCCGUACACUCCUACAAGUCGUCGACACCCGUGCCCUACCCCAAGUCUCCCUCACCAUUGAUGACGCCUGUCGACUCUCCGUCCUCAGCCUGGGCCCUCCCGUAA